GGCCCCGCCUCCCGCCGCCCCCGCCCCCGCCCCGCGGUGCAGCGCCCGGGCCGGGCCGAGGCCGGAGACCUGCGGGCGAUGGCGGGAAAAGCCCACAGGCUGAGUGCAGAGGAGAGAGAGCAGCUGCUGCCAAACCUGAGAGCCGUGGGGUGGAAUGAGGUGGAAGGCAGAGAUGCCAUCUUCAAAGAGUUCCACUUCAAGGACUUCAACCGGGCCUUCGGCUUCAUGACCAGAGUGGCUCUACAGGCAGAAAAACUGGAUCACCACCCUGAAUGGUUCAAUGUGUACAAUAAGGUUCACAUCACGUUGAGCACCCACGAGUGUGGAGGCUUAUCGGAGCGAGACAUCAACUUGGCCAGCUUCAUUGAGCAGGUUGCAGCUUCUCUCUCGUGACUAGAGACACAUGAAGCCAAAAAUCAACUCUUGCCGCUGCCACAACCCGCAUCUCGCCUGGAAGGCUGUACCUAAAGCCUCCUCCCACUUCUAAGCUAGUUCCUGGAUCCAGACUGCCUAAAGCCAUGCCUAACUCCCCGCCACAGCUCAGAUGGAUGGAGGCACUUCUCGGGCACUGUGCAUAUAUCCAUCUCUGAUCUUGCCGCUGCCAUUCUUAAACCCUUUGUUAGCUGUGGGCUACCAAGCCUGCAAACUGCUACGCCUCUCAGGCUUUCAGCAGACAUGCCCUUUUACCAGGAGUCUUGUUACACACCUGCACCAGUAAAUCUUUCCAGAGCCUGACCCUGUCCAGCCACUGUGUUAUUGUUUCUUACCUGCCAGAAUAACCUUUCUGCCUAAAACAUGGUACGUGAACCCUUUGGUUCCUCUGUAACAUACCAGCAACCGUGAUGUGCAAUUUGAUUAUUACUGUAACCUCUCUGUAGCAGUAUUAUACACAGGCAUGUGCUCUCACCCCUAUUGUAACCAGCCUUUGGUAGGACACCAACUGAAAAUGUUUACAAUAAAGAACUUGGUUAACCUGA